AUGGAGGUGAGUAUCUCAAGCGAUGACACUCGCCAUACGCUACACACGCACUUUCAAUCGCUAAAAUCCACAGUUCGCUCUAGUACAAGCGGUAGCACAUCUUCUGCUAUUGCCGGUCGAAGACGGCUCAUCUCUUUCUUGCAAGUGCAAAAACCGAAGAGUAUACACGUACCGGAAUCGAAGCGACUCUUUGGUCUCGGAGCCACAACAAGCAAGCAUUUCGUUCUCUGUUUAACGGCGCAGGACUUUAAUACCAGCGGUGGCGCUCAAAUAGAGCUGCAUUUUGUGCAACUUUUAAGCAACUUGUCCGUCGAUGUGCACUAUUCCUGGAAUCUAAACCAACUUGAUACGAUUGAACACAGCGGUAUUGGACCAGAGAAGCCAAAAGGAGCAUUUGCACUAUUCUUUUCUGGAGGAUUGACAUCUUGCCAAUGGAUUGUGGAAGCAAAAGUAAGCGCGACAGCCAUGCUCGAGUUUCUAUGGACGAUAUGUGCCGUAAUGGUGCAGAAUCAGAGUAAAUUUCCACGACUAGUGCGACUUGAUGCAAAAGAUCUUCACGAGACAGCUCUUCGACAGAAUUUGCAAAAGAUAUAUGAGCUGGAAAUCGAUCUUGCAAACCACAUUUCUAUAUUGACAAAAAGCAAAGAUUCGGACGAUGAUCAGUGCGUUUUAGAGGAGGAAAGAAAAGAAAAGAAAACUGUUGAGGCUACCUCGGGGACCGACGUAUCUGGCCUUCGACUUGGUUCUCCAGAGAGUAAUGAAGCGCUUGAGCUACUAAAUGACAUUAAUUGGAGCGAGGUUCAGCUUGUCAAAGUUGAAGAUGAUUUAAGCAAGAUGCUAAAGACAUUGGAGGAUGAAAACAUGGCAUUUUUACUUUCAUUGAAUGGAGAUUUAUCAAUUACGAAAUCUGGUACAGAUACAAUCAAGACGAACUCUGUGGACAUAAUUAUAAAUGCCAUUGAUCAAGUACAAGACCGUAUUUUAUCGCUCCAAGACUGGACGAAUGAGUCCGGCGAGUCUCUUGGUCACAUCUCCAGCGAUAUGCAGCACUUUGAGACGUUAAACAACCAAUUGGAGAUGCACUUUAAAAACAGCGUGGAGCUAGAACGAGUGUUGGCUAAGUUGAUGGCCCAAGUGGAAUUAUCAAAAGAGCAUAUGCUGAUUUUGACGUCUUUGGUGAAUGUCUUUCCGAUACAAACCAGUGGGACCUCAACUGGUAUCACGAAUGACAAAGGUAGUGACGAGAGUCUUAAGGUUAGCGCAACGGAGCGAACGAGGGCUACGAUAGCAGCUGUUGCUGCUUUGGAACAUGCUAUUAAGUCUACGCGAGAGUUUCCAGCAUGUGAAAUGGUCGCUUUACGAUCGCGUGGAGUUGAACUAUCCAAAGUAGCAACAGAUUUUGGCGAAAAGCUGUGCAUCUCAUUUGAUUCGUUUUUGCAGCAGACAAUUAAACAAAUGAUAAACACGCGGGGUGUUCGUGGGCGUAAUGGACGUGACCCUUUGUCGGGACAUUUAAGUAGCGAUGAAAUGAAUUGGAGUUUUACCACCGACUCUAUCCAUUUCGUCCUCGUUGACUAUCAAUCUCUUUUCGAACACGUGGGCUCACUUGAUUCGCGUAUACUUGCCACAUUGCGACAAAUAUACAGCAAACAACUUGCCAUUGUGUUUAACGCUCACGUUCAGUGUCUUUUUCGAUUCUUGAAGGACAAACUACCACGAAAUACAAAGCAGCAUUUUCACAAGCCAACUUCGAUGCAAUCGAUGGCAAGUAGUAUAUCUUCCUCCUUCUUUAGCACUGGUGACACAAUGUGCGCUGCUCCAUUGAUGCAACAAGCACUUGAUCAUUUAACUCCUCUAGUUCUAAACGAACGCCAAUUCGUGUCUCUCCUCUUUUUUUCUUCGUGUGAUAAAUUAAAUUCCGCAAAUGGCAAAUAUGAACUUGACGAUUUGACGCUCAUGAUGGAAAAUGUGUUUGAGAAAUUGCUUAAGCGCAUGAUUGAAUUUGGCGAAGCUGUAGGCGGGCGCAAUGUUUUAGAUGCACUAUCUCUUGUUGUUCUCCUAAGUGGCAAGCUGGAAGUGUACCGACAACAAAGUGCAUUUCUCUACAAUGUCAUGGUGAGUUUCCAGCUGCAAAUGAAACGUAUAGUUAUCAAAUUCAUUGAAGAUCAGGAGGUGUGGAUAAAUGCACAAACUGUGGAUAGUAAAAUGGCAGGUGUUUUAGGUCCCACUAAAAAGAUCGUGAACGUGAUUGCUCGAUUGGAAGAUAGCGUGGCAGGCAAAAGCUCAGACAGCACCCUUCUGUCCAUCUACCACAUGAUUGUACCCUCCAUUAUGCAUUGGAUUGAUAAAAUGGCCGACACGCGGCCAAAGUAUGCACCACUUACUCGCCUUGAGAAUUUCCAUUUUCUCAGUGAAAAUUUGAGGAGUAUCAAUUCUACGAAAGGCUUACCACUUGCGCAAUAUGCGGCAGAAGCAUAUGACAAAUAUGUCGACAAUUUGCACCAUUAUGUGAUAUCUGUUUGGGAUUAUGCAUUUAAACAACUCGUGCCAUUAAUUGCAUCGAUCGAAUCACUGAUGACGACAGUACCGGCAUCUGAAAUUCAGUAUCAUAUAUCACGCCAAGAAGUUCGACGCGUCCUUGAUGCCACACCAACCACAUUUGAAAAAUCCGUUCGUGUCAUGCACGAUCGGAUUAAAAAGCACAUUCGAGAAAAUCCUAAAUUGCUGCCGAGCGUGUGGAAGCAGCUUGUAAUAUACGGAGGUGGCCGAUUGUCUCUGUAUGCGCUUGUUGCUGGAGACUGCUAUCAGCUGCGUUUUGAGCCUCCGCUUGAGCGUGGACUGGAAGUGCUAAACAAUUUUGCUUUCAAUUGA